AUGGAGGAUGAUAUUCCUGAAGGUUACAGGCCAGACCCUCCAGGCAACAUCGAAUCGAUGUGGCAUAAAAGCCAUACCCCGAUUUUAGAUCUCUACCCCUACCCUAACAAUAAGAGCCCCAUCAUCCCAUCAACAUCAAAUCUAGACGAAGACUGGCUUCUCGUGGCCACCAGCAGAGUGCGCCUCUUCAAGACCCUCAGCAGUAGCACCAACAUCCGGGAAUACAAGGCCGAACACAUCCAAUUCUUCUUCUGGACUGCUCUUGACCGUUCAAACCGCCGCUACAAAAACAUCCAUGCUCCUAACGCACAACUCUGGGAAUUCCACGACAUGCACGCCCAUGAAGAUGGCCUUUGGCGCGAUGUGCUUCUUAGUUCGCCCUGGUUUGACUGCCCUAUUUUUGACGACUUGCUGCAUACGCCGCAAAUAAGAAAUGACCCGGAUGGGAAGAAGCACGGAAAGCUUCGUAUGGUGAAGAGAAACCCGCAUUUUGUGGAGUUGGAGGACGAGUUCUUGGAGAGAUGGUGGUUGAAGGCGGCGAAGUUGAAGUUGAGGAGGUUUGACAAUGGGGAUGCGGUGCUGCCCAUCACGGCACAGAAUUACCGGGAUAUGUACGGGGAGAAGGCAAUGGAAUGGGAUGUUGAGGAGGAAGAAGAUGAUGGGAGUAAUGAAGAGCCUGAGAUCGCCGUUGGUGAGGAUCUGCAGAGGGAAGAUGAGGAUGCUGAUGACGAGGAGUCUGCCUGA